AUGGCAGCUAAGUUUAUCGUACUUUCCCUGUUCGUAGCAUCAGUCUACGGCAGCGGUGGUUACUCAAGCUUCUCCUAUGGUGUGUCAGACCCCAACACUGGUGACGUCAAGGAUCAGCACGAGAAACGCGUCGGUGACAGCGUCGUUGGAAAAUACUCACUUCUGGAAUCAGAUGGAACUAAAAGGAUUGUCGAGUAUGCUGCUAACGCCGCCACUGGAUUCAACGCUGUUGUCCGCAAGGAACCUGCUGUUGGUGUGCAUCCGUCUGGACCACUUGCUCCUCUAGCUGGAGCUGCACAUGGACCUGUAGCGCAUCCAGCUCCAUUGGCGCCUGUUGCUGGCCCACACACCCUGGUGCUCUUGGUUAUCCAGGUGCCCUUGCUCAUGGUGCUCUUCCUCAUCCUGGUGCCCUCGGCCACCCUGGAGCUCUUGCUCACCCUGGUGCCAUCGCCCAUCCUGGAGCACUCGCCCACCCUGGAGCCUUCGCCCACCCCGGUGCUCUGGCCCACCCUGGUGCUCUCCCCUACCCUGGAUCUCUACCUCAUCCUGGUGCUCUUGCCCACCCUGCGUAUCCUGGAUAUGCUAACGGAUACGGCAACCCCUUGGCUGGUCAUCUUGGCAACCGUGGAGCUCCUGCUGUCUCUCACUACUCCCACUCUAUUGUUCACAACGCUGCUCGCCCUUACCCUGGACCUUACGCCGGGGCCUACAAUGGUGCCUACGGUGGAGCUUACGGUGGUGCCUACGGUGGCGCUUACGGUGGUGCCUAUGGUGGAUACGGAGCUGCGGCCCAUGGACUCGCUAACCCUCACGCCCACGGACUAA